AUGGGUUAUGAAGAAAUUGAAGUGACGCCUAUGCCCUCGCAACCUAUCACGAACACGAUGGUGGACCCGUGCUACGCGCCGGACGGGGCAGCGGCGGAGCCCCUCCGCUUCCCCAACCUGGUGACGGGCUUCGACCGCAGCCCCGAGCACGCGGCCCGCGCCGCCCUCUACACGCGCUACACGCAGCACGAGUGGAGCCAGAACAGCGUGCGCAACUACAACGACUCCGACGCCAAGAGGAACUUCUCGGAGCGCGUGCGCAACGACAUCAUGCGGAUGCUCCGUGAAACCGACGAGAUCGGCGCUCAAGGUCAGCGGGACUCUGGCAGGAAAAUCGGAGAACGUAUCACGGACACCACGUUCUGGCGGAAUGAGGUUUCUAUAGAGAUGGAGAGGCUGGUGUCCACCUGCGAGAAGCUGAAUGAGACCCGGCGCCAGCUGGAGAGGGCCAUCGCCGGAGUGGAGGGGCCCUUGCACAUCGUCCAGGAGUGCCUCUACCACCGCGAGAAGAGGCAGGGUCUGGAGCAGGUGCACGACGCGGUCGAGCAGUCUCUGCUCAAGGAGGUGGCGAUCCUUCGCGAGUGUCAGGACAAGUUCAGGAAUAUGCUGGAGAAGGUGCGGCAGCAGGCGAUCAACUGCCGCGCCACCCAGCACGAGCUGGAGACCGACAUGCGCAACAAGGAGUACGCGCUCGGCAUCGACAACAUGUGCCACCAGCUCAACAACUUCUCCAAGGGGCUGCAGUUCUACGCGGGCAUCGAGCGCUACGACCCGACGGUGUGCGACGCGGAGCGCUGGGCGGCGGCCAGCGCGGCCACGCUGCAGCGCUCGCAGUCCGAGCGCGCCAAGGCGCUGCAGAUGCUGGCCGACACGGAGAACCUGAUCAACGUUUCGGCGACGGAGAUCUGGGACCAGUGGAGCAACACCAACAGCGCCUUCACAAGGCGCAUCGCGGAGACCAUCGAGAUCAAGAACAAGCUGCAGCUGCACCUGCACAAGGUGCAGCAGGAGAUCUUCGAGGUGGAGAAGACGCUGGAGCUGCUGAACAAGGCGAUCGAGGACAAACUGCAGCCGAUGAAGGUGGCGCACAGCCGCCUUCAGGCGCGCACCAACAGGCCCCACCUGGAGAAGUGCAGGGACCAGGCGCAGCAGAGGCUGGUGCGCGAGGUGUGCGAGCUGCAGCAGUGCAUGGAGCGGCUGCGCGGGCGCGUGGCGAGCGCGGAGGGCACGCACCAGACGCUGCUGGGCGUGCGCGCCGCGCUCGAGGCCGAGCUGCGCGCCAAGGCGGGCGCGCUCUUCCUCGACCGCGACCAGUGCAUGGGCCUGCGGCGCGGCUACCCCGUCGCCGCCGCCGUCAGGGCC